AUGCUGCUGUCUCAAAGAAGUCUUGCUUGCGAGGUCCGUGGUGUGGGUGGUUUGACGGCAGUCCUCCGCGUGCGUCCGCCGCUGCCCUUUCACUUCUUCAAGCGAUGGGCGAUGCAUGACUUCCACACUUCGAAGUGGACCCGUCAGAACCCGUCGGCGCAGAUCAAACGGACACGCCUCGGUCGGAGUUGUAUCGAUCAGCCGACGAUGGACAUGGUCUCUGUGAGCCGGUACGGAGGGCACACGCGGCGCGAGGCGCUGGCGACGGCAUUUCGCGUGUAUCGCAGUGUUGAUCAAUCGGAAGCGGCGCGGCGGGCCGGACAAGAGGUACUGCAGACGAUGCAAUUCACGGACUUUGCCGCGGGUGAGGAGGAGGAGCAGGAGCUAGCCGUUGACUUUGCGUGUUUGUACCUGAAUGCCUGCGUUCUUUUUGGUGUCGUGCCCACGCUUGCGAUGGUGUCGGAGCUGCUGAGUUGGCUUGCAACGUCGCUUUAUAGUUCCUUCCACUGGGAGUGUGUUCUCUGCGCUCUUGCCGUGUACCUGCGGUCCUCGCAGAAAACGGCAACGGCGACAGCUCUAGCGUUUCUCAGUAUGCUUCGGGGAGCCGAGGCGGGAAAGGUGCCUGGGAGCCUCUCACGUGAUGGGGGGAUUCUGCUGCUGAUCGUCGUUGCCCGUGCGAUGGAUGUGUUGCUGAGGGCAAAUGCGAGGGCUGAGGAGCUCCAACAGCUUCUCCAGGUGCAGCUAGAAACCAUUGAAAUGCUGUGCUCCACCACACCGACACCAACUGCGACGGCGGCGAGUUUCUCAAGGGAAGAAAUGUUGACUCUGGCGGAUGCCGUCUGUUGGCGCCACGUCGCAGGCGCUUCUCUCGUCAUCGCGGCGAAGGUGCUGCCAAAGCUGCAGGUCAAAACCCAUGCGGGGCUGGAGGAGUUGUCAGUGCCGCAGUGCGCCAGACUAUUUUGCGCCUUGUGUAUUUUGCUUGCCGCCCAGCACGCUCCUGGGAGCGCGUGGACGCCGGAACAGCAGUCGCACGUUCUUGACCCGAUUGUGCGCCACCUUGACGAACGUGUCCGUGUACAUUCCGUGGAUGACGCGGUUUGUGUCUUGGUGGGGUUGCAGGCGAACAGCAUGGCGCGAUUGCGGUACAAAAAAUUUCCGUCAGCGCUGCUUGAACACAUUCGAGAGCAGCAGCAAGAGAAGCAACAGGGGUCUCAGCAAGGUCAAGAGGAGGGCGACGGCCUUGCUUGCUUGAAGCACGACGACAGCCUGCUCGCUUUGUCGCAGGUGCUUUCGCAGUUAGCGACUGACACGGACGAUGCGUUGGCUGAAGCAGCAGAGACAAUCUUGACGGAAUGUUUUUCAUAA